UCACGUGACCAACGACAUUAUCAACAUCUACUUGCUAAUAAUCGUGGUGGAUGAAAAAACGAUAAAUUUAUCAACACUUGAGUUUUUGCAAUAUUCAAAACUGGAAUUGAGAUUUGAGGCUGACGAUCUAGGACACAUGAAUCGGAACGAAUAAUCGAUACGUGGAAUUUGAAAGCGUGUGGGAGCUGUUUAUCUAACGGUGUUGUAUUCUGCUUUUAUGCUGGGACCGAGGAGGGAAUAUCGGCAGCCAUGUUCAGGUCUGAAAUCUGACUGGAUUCUGCGAAUAGUGCCAUUAUAAACGCUCUUUACGACAAUUUUGGCACAUCCUAUAUAAUUAGCAAUAACUGUUGAGUAAAUUCUGUAUGCAUGUCUUGAUGAAUUCGUGCGUUUUCAACUGCAUGCUGUGAUAUUUAGGGCGUCGAGACGUCUGAAAAUUCAACAGUUUGCUGUUUGUUGUAAUAUCGGCAUUCUGUAGCCGAGUUAAUUGGAAUUGCGAUUAGCCCAUAGCCUAGUGCUGUGUCUCUACUCUAUCUUGGAUUACUUGAACUACAACUAAUAUUAUAACCUCAAGUAAACAUCAACAAAUGGCGACGAAUAACGGACAAAACGGACCCAUGGAAAGCAGUACAGAUGAUCAGUCAAAAAAGCAAGGAACAAGAGUUUUCAAGAAGAGUAGUCCAAAUGGAAAGAUUACAACAUAUUUAGGAAAAAGAGAUUUUGUAGACCAUUUAUCGCACACAGAUCCUAUAGAUGGGGUAGUUUUAGUGGAUCCUGAAUAUUUAAAAGACAGGAAAGUCUUUGUUCAUGUUUUAGCAGCGUUUCGAUAUGGACGAGAAGAUUUGGACGUGUUGGGUCUUACGUUCCGUAAAGAUUUGUAUUUAUCGACAAUGCAGGUUUUCCCACAAGUUAAAGAACAACAGAAACCUUUAACACGGCUUCAAGAACGACUCAUAAAAAAACUUGGACCAAACGCUUACCCGUUCUAUUUUGAAAUGCCACCAAAUGCACCUGCAUCUGUUACAUUACAACCAGCGCCAGGUGAUACGGGCAAGCCAUGUGGAGUUGAUUAUGAAUUAAAAACUUUUGUAGCAGAUAACGUUGAUGAAAAACCACAUAAAAGGAACUCCGUCCGUUUGGCCAUCCGUAAACUUACGUAUGCCCCAGAAGAACCUGCUCCACAGCCGAGUGCUGAAAAUGUGAAAGAUUUUAUGAUGAGUCCCGGGAAUAUCAGACUAGAAGCAUCGCUAGACAAAGAGAAAUAUUAUCAUGGAGAAAGUCUGAAUGUAAAUGUGCUAGUCGAUAAUAAUACAAACAAGACAGUGAAGAAAAUCAAAAUUUCUGUGCGCCAGUUUGCCGAUAUUUGUUUGUUCUCUACGGCACAAUAUAAAUGUACUGUCGCAGAACUCGAAACAGAAUCUGCUUGUCAUCAUGUUGGAGGUGUUUUCCCUAUGGAAGGAUUUCCUAUUCAACCUAGCCAGACAGGAUUUUGUAAGGUGUACCAUUUGACACCAUUACUGGCUAAUAAUCGGGAUAAACGUGGACUAGCAUUGGAUGGAAAGCUCAAACAUGAAGACACAAAUCUAGCAUCAUCUACAAUUAUGACAGAUACAAGUCAGAAAGAAAGUCUAGGAAUAGUCGUAUCCUACAGAGUUAAAGUCAAACUUAUUUUAGGUUUUGGAUCAGGUGACUUAUCGGUAGAACUUCCAUUUACCUUGACACACCCGAAACCUCCAGAGAGCCCCCCUCCUUCCAGAGCUGCCAGUCUUGUUCCAGCAGAAGGUGGCGAUGCCCCUGUUGAUACCAAUCUCAUCCAACUUGAUACAAAUGGUGAAGCUUUCUAUGGCGACAAGGAUGAUGAUUUCAUUUUUGAAGACUUUGCAAGACUUCGUCUGAAGGGUCACGAAGGAGACGACACAGAGGCCUAAAAUCUGAGAGCGCAAUUUGUUGUUCGUUUAUAUCAUAUUAAUCCAACACUCACUUAACUCGCUCAAAGGAUAUUAUAGAGUAUAGCUUGUACGUAACUCUACCUAAAUUUUACUAUUUUGUUUCUUGGUGGUUCGUAACAAUGACAAAAUAUUUUGUCCGGUUGUCUCUCCCAAAGUAAAUGUGUUCCGCAGUGAAUUCCUUAGUAGAUGAAUUCACAUAUUUAUGUAUAUAUUUAUAUAUAUUUACAGAACAAAACACUUAUUCUAUUUUUGUUCAAGAUUUGAGACAGUGAUUGUUAUCGUGAUAGUUUAUUUUUGCGGCCAGAAGAUAAGGUUUUUAGAAAUAUUUUAUGUAGGAAAUUUGCAAAUUGAUACGAGUGUGUUCAGCUAUAUGAUUUGAGCCAUGUUAUCCAAGAUGACAAAGGAGGUUAUGAACACAAAGUGAGGAGUAUCACAAAGAACUUUGAACAAAUGAGAAAAUGAUCAAUUUUAGAACAAAAAUAUUUUGCAGCAGAAGUGAGUGAUCAGUAAUUCACCUUCGCCCAAAUUCUAUUUUCAAAAUGUUAUUCGUUCAAAUUUAAAAACAGGGAUUUGAGAAAAUGAUUUUUUACAAUUUUGAUUAAUCAAGAGUAUAUUGGACAUUAUUGGUCAACUGGCACUACACAUUCAGUAAAGUACCAUGUCCUCUACCACGAAGCCAAAACAAAUGAAAUGAAAACAUAGAUUCGGUUAUGUUGUUCCUUUAUAAUUUUUUUUUAUAUUUUUUUUUACACAACAAAUGUGUUAAUAGUUAAACUUACUGCAGUUAAAGUCAUAGAGUAAUUGUGUUCAUGAAUUUGUUGUCAUAAUUUCAAAUGAUGUAAAGUGGACUUGAACAUUGAACUUUUAACAAGUUAAAUCUGGAUAGACAUUGGAAUGCGCAAAUUCAGGCUAUGUCAGGCAUAACUCUUCUGAUGCCUGUCAUUUUUUCCUGCAUAUAUUGAUCUUUAGUGUAUCUUUUAUUGAUAUUUUAAUGUCUAACACAACGUUCAAGAUGUCUGAUACAACUUCAUUAGUACCUGGCGUUUUGUCCAGUACAACUAAAACCGCUAUUUCCAGGCCUCUGGCAUUUUGUCCAGUACAACAAAAACUACUAUUCAGGUCUGCAUGUCGCAUUAAUUUCAACAGAAUUUUAAGUUCACUUGCAAUAAUUUAAUGUCUAUAGAACAUUUACUUCUUUCAUAUGUGUUCUCUAAAUGUUUGUCUUUGUUCAUUUCAUUAAUUUAUAGGUUUAUUUCAAACAAAUGGAAACUUUUGAAUGAUGAAUACUUUGCAUGUAUUUUUAACAUUAAGUUUCAUGCCAAAUGCUUUCUAAAUAUAUCCACCCUCCCUUGUAUAUAUAUGUUCUUGCAUAUGUGAGCAUUUUUAAAUGCAUUUGUAAUGUAUGCAAGUGUAUUUUUAUGUGUUCAUUUUAAUGAAAAAAAAACAUUAUUUGUAAUUGCCGGAUAGAUAUUUAUAUAUUGAAAGCAUUUAAAUUAUGUAUCUGUUGUAUUAAUAUGUAAAUGUUUGUAUUUAUUGUAUUAUUGGUUUUAUUCGAGGUGGCCUAUAAUAAUUGGGGGCCAAUGAUGUUUUAUUAAAAAUCCAGGAAAAAUAACUGAUUACCGGUAGAUAUUAAUUCUUAAUAUUCUGGAAAGAUCAUAUUUUCUUUAGUUAUUAAUGAUGUUCUAGGUCUUAAAUUUUCCCCAAACAGAAUUUAGUGGGAGUUUUAUCAAUUUUGUUGUUUUGGUUUAACAUUGGUUGAUAAAUUACUGUUAAAAUUAAAUUUGAGAUAUACUGUAGUAAGGUGUAUGCUUCAUAAUAUAAUUGAUAUCCUGUUUUUUAAAAUCUGAAUCUUGAUAAACUCUUUUUGUCCAAGAUAACAAAUAUUCUUAAAAAAAUUAUACGCCCACAUUUUCAUGUGGAUGUAUAUUGUCGUUGCCCCUGUCCGCAGGUCACACUUUUUAUAAGAUUUUGACAAAACUUGAAAUAUAGGUUUAUCUCCAAAUGAUCUUCGUUCCUUUCGAUAUUGGCAUGUAUCAGACCGUAACUUGAUGGAUUAUGCCCCCUGAUUGUACGAAAAAAUCACGUUUUUAGCUCGUGGACACUCUAAUAUGUCACAAUUUUUAUCCACUUUUGAGGAAGCUUGAAAUGUAGUUUAUAUCCCCUGAUUGUACAAAAAUCGCAUUUUUAGCUUGUGGUUCCUCUAGAUGUCCCAAUUUUUAUCCGAUUUGAAAAAGCAUUAAAUUAUAUCACCGUUACACCAUAACGUUUUCUGUACAUCUCUUGCAAAAUAUGGGCGUAUGCUGCAUGGCAACCGCUGGUUUGACAGUCGAAACAAUUAUCCAAAGGCCAACUGACAAAUUAAGUUGUCUGGUGUAAUCAGUUACUCUUGAAUUAAGAAACUGUAAAAACACAGGUUAAUGAUUCACGUAUAUACGGGCGAAACAGCAUCCAUGAUGUAAAUUGAUACAUGUGAGGAUUUGGGUUUUUAGGAUAAUGUUGUAACUUUUAAGUGUAGGGCAGUAAAAUCCAUUGUUUUUUUAUAAUGAUAUAUAUAUAUAUAUCUGACUAUUAUUGUAUUAUAUUAUUAUUAUUAUUAUUAUUAUUAUUGAUUGUAUAUCUAUCUUAUUGAACAUAUAUCCAUGUACUAUUUGUAAUGUAUAAGUACGAAACCGGGCUGGGCCCUGGUUAAUAUCUACGUCAUUUGAUGCUCUAGUCAUAUGAUAUCUAUUAAAUCUUUAUUUAACUUUUCUCUCUUUAUACUUUCUUAAGAAAGUGGUACCUUAUGACAUUUAUAGCUCACUUAUAAAUCAGGACCCAAAUGCUCCCAGUGUUGGCUGCACAUAUUUGCGAAAUUUAAUGUACAUCAUUGUACAUUUGGCAGGAAGGUUGCUUAUACAGACAGAGUUAUAUUUUAUAUCUGAUAUCGAUGUUGUUUGAACAUAUAUUGGGAUUUUUCAUAGAAAUUUUAAUGAAUUAGUAGUUCACUCUUUAUUAAAGAUACAUUAUGGGAGAUUACAUGUAGAUAAAGAGCUGGCAGUUCUCACUAUAAUAGUUAAAAACUAGAUAAUGUAAAGGCAAUUUGCUGAAAAUUUCAGUCAAAUUGAUCCACUAUGAACCGAGAAUUAAGCGAUUGAAAUUUUGGCCUAGCCUCGAUCACCAUUACUAAAGUCUGUACGAUAAAAAAUUUAGUCUCGAUCAUCCAUUCCAUGAUUAAAUUAAGAAUGGAAGUCGAGCUGCAAAUGGGAUCAUAAUCCAGUAAAUAUCACAGGCUGGCGAUGCCUUCGAGAGUUGAUUAUGGUUUCAAUAAGUUAAUUAAUGUCUAAUUAAUAAUUUAGAAAACAUUUAAAGCCUAAAGAAAGACCUGCAAUUGGCAGAUUUAGCUCUUGCAUAAUGUAUGUUUAGUUGUAGAUUCCUUAAAAAUAAGGAUGUCAAAUAAGUUUGUUUUUGAUGAUUGAAAUUAAUAGUAGAGAAAUCAAACUGGUUUUUAUUUGAAUAUGCAGCUUGUGAGCAUAAAUACAAUUAAGUUAUUGCAGAAUUAAUUGUUAUGUGAUUGAAUAUCCAAUCUGGAUUUAAAAUAGUGGGUUACAAAAUUCAGACCUAAUUAAAUGAUAUUGAGGUGUGGGGUCAGUGGCAUAGCUAGGUGGUCGUUGGGAGGGUGGGGAGGCGAGCAAGGGGAGCGACUGCUCCACAUUUUUCAAAAGUGGUGCCUUUUCAACAGUUUUUUUUAACUUUUCAGUUCACUGGUGCAUAAAAUUUGAAAAAUAUUCUUUUCGUUUUUAUUUUAAUUGCAUGGUUUUGGAAGAAAUUUCUGGACUUAUUACUUUAUUCAACCAAUAUCCUCUGAUUUUCAUUAAAUGUAUAAUGAAUUUAAAAUUAUUUGUUACAUGCUAUGGCGCCUUUUUAUACGUGCUCGCUCACCCCCAACUUUAGAACCUGUCUAUCGCUACUUACCUCCCUUAGACAAGACAUAAAUAUGGGUUCACUGAAGCAUCUGUACAUCAAUACUAAACAAAGUGGUUGAUUUUGAAUGAAGGGAUCAGAGUGGUGACUUCCUUUAAUCAAGACUUCUAUUUUGGUCUUGCCUAAUUGUGAUGUUUAUUUUUUCGAUGCUGUUAAAUUUGAAGUAGUGUAAUUGAGAAAUCAUUUGGUUGUUUUUACUUCAAGCCAGUUUUUUGGGUCUGUGCCAUGUCAGGGGCCAAUAGCGUCAGUUUUAAUUAUGAAUAAGCAUCAAUUGUGAUACCACAAAUGCCUAUCCCAUUCCACCAUUUGACGAUAAAGGAUGAAGCAUACGACCGUGACACUUGUCUCACAAUUUUUUUUUAUGUAGCUGAGCAGUAGGGGGUUUCCACCCCGAUCCGCCCCGGCAUGUACACAUACAUCCAUGGGUGAGGUGUGUGGGGUAAAAGUUUGAAACAACUGAAGGGUUUCUCUAUUCACGAUCUGACUUGACAGCAUGUAGAAAUAUUUAGAUUGUUAAGAAUCUCAUGUAUGUAUUCGUUCUUGCGGUAAACAGUUUUUUUGUUGUCUACCUUAUAGGUUUUUUUUACAGAUAUUGUUUGUUUUUGUUUUUUUUUUGUAAAGUAAUCUAUGGAGUCACUAUAAGAUGUUUUUAUAAAAUAAAUGUACUGGUGCAUCUCUUCAAUUUGUGACUAAAAGUUUACCUCUUCAGCUUACUACUCAAUCUAAAUACUUCAUGUAUAUUAGUCCAUGCUAAUAAAAUAAAUGUUCCAAUAAA